AUGUCUCUUGCAACUACAAUGAUCGUUCUCCUUCUUCAAAUCAUUACAUCUUUUCUCUUCACUACCACCACUUCCUCACGGCCCUCGCCAUCACCUCCUCUCGGCGGCUUAACAUUCGACUUAUUCCACCGUCGCACUAACUCCUCUUCAUCUCGAUCCUUAAACACUAACGAUGGAUCAUCUCCUUACGCAAACACCGUCUUUGAAUUCAACUCGUACGUAAUGAAACUACAAAUCGGUACUCCUCCUGUCGAGAUCGAAGCUGUAAUAUACACCGGAAGCGAUGUCAUAUGGACACAAUGCUUGCCUUGUAUCAACUGCUUCAACCAACAAUCUCCCAUAUUCGAUCCUUCGAAAUCCUCAACAUACAUAAGACAAAAAAUGCCACCACGGCCACACUUGUACUUACGACAUCACCUACGCAGACCAUGA